CAGUCUCAUCACACAUCGACCCGACAGACGUCCAGUCUCCUCAUCGUUUACUCUUCAUCAUCUUCAUCAUGAAGGCCAUCUUCGUCCUCAGCGUUUUGCUCAGCGGAGUUCUUGCUCUCGCAGCAGCGGCGGCAGUUGGAGCUGUUGAACCAGCAGAAGCAGCCGUGGAGCUGCAGAAGGAGAACCAAGUUGAAGCUGCUGAACCAGCACAAGUGCCAGUGGAGCCACAGGAGGAAAACCAAGAGGGAGAGCCAAAGGUGUUUUCUGCUAGCAAAGUGGCUGAACCAGUUGAAGGUCGUUUCUUCUUUUGCCCCUCUGGUUGGGAGCGAUACAGAAAUACCUGCUAUCUGUUUGUGAGAUCCAGCCGCUCCUGGAGCAGUGCUAUGGCCUAUUGCGAUACUCUGGGAUCCACUCUGCCCUCUGCCCAUGACCUGUUUGAUUACAGUUUCCUGCAGAGUAUGACCAGCAGGGCAGGAUACACGGCCUCCUGGAUGGGAGGGAUGUACUUCCAGGGUUGGAGGUGGGUGGAUCGAACCAACUUUGGCUACCAAAACUGGUAUAGUCACAAUAGUGUCACCAGCUACCCCUGCAUAUACCUCAAUACUGCGUUGGCCUGGUCCAACGGCAACUGUGCAUCUUCACUGGCAUUCAUCUGCCAGAGGAGAAGCGAUGCCUGCUGAGAAGCAAUGCGGAGCUACAGCCGCUGCGUUUACUGAUCGGAAUCUGAAUCUUUGGAAUGCGGGUUAACUUUUAAAGAGAAAUCGUAGACUGUCCUAUAUCACAAGACUGAGUUAGUGAUGAUUUCAUGCUGUUCUUAAUUCUUCUGUUGACAUAAAAA